UGAGGGCCAAGUUUGAGAACAUUGGUUUAGAUUGGUUCUCAAGUGACUGAAGACAUGACUGGCAAACUUAAAAUCCUUGUCUUCAUCGCCCUUCUGGGUUCAGUCAGUAUGAGGAAUGUCCAGAUGGAUGCAGAGGAGAUUGCGAAUGGAAACGUAUGUCAGGACUGCACACAGAUUUUUGAAACUCUGAUGGACCUGCUUUCCGAUAAAGACUUCCAGGACAGAAUAAUUAAUACACUUGAGGACCUUUGUGACAUGAUGCCUGCACAAGUCACUCAAAUCUGCCAUACUCAAGUGGAAAAAAUCAUUCCUAUCGCCAUCGGCUUUUUUACCAGCUGUAUGAAACCAGAUCAAAUCUGUAAAAGCCUCAGACUCUGUGAAGGUCGUGACAGCGGCGAGAUGAGAGAUCUGUUACUCAAUCACAUUUCUAAAACUGUAACAAUGCCACCUAUGAAGCUCGGAGCAUCUAUUCAGUGUUGUUUAUGCACAUACACCGUGAGCACACUUGAGAAUCUGUUUCCCAAAGAUAAGACUGAGAGUGCCAUAACAGCCCUGUUUGAGCGUCUGUGCAGCGAGUUCCCAGCUCUGGUUCAGUCCCAGUGCAAUAAGAUGGUUGAAAAAUACGUCAAACUGUUGAUAGACAUGCUAUUGAACAAGACCUCUCCUAACUUCAUAUGCACACUUCUUGGUCUUUGUGGAAUGCAAGAAGAGCCCAUCAUAGGUUUAGUAGCAGACACUGUGCGUUCAGACUGUGAAACUUGUCUUACUCUGGCGGUUUUGACUCGUAUGUAUCUGAGCUCGAAUGCCACUGAGAUUCAGACUGCCUCCUUCCUCGACUCUGUGUGUCAGAUGCACCCCUAUGCCAUGCCAAAGUGCAAGACCUACGCACGGCGUUACGGAAAGCAGCUCUUCACGUUUCUGGGAAAAGAACAGGAAGCGUUGGGCGUAUGUAAGAAAGUAAAUCUGUGUGUCACUGGAGACCGUGAGGCAGACCCCUGCACUCUCGGCGUAAACUACCGCUGCAAGGACCUGCAGACUGCUCUAAAUUGUGGGGCAGUUUCCUUCUGUCAGAAGAAUGUGUGGGGAUAAAUCCACUUCAGCCAUCUAUACCAAAGUCGAAGGUGAAGGCUUUCUAUCAAUGUGAAGUUUUAACAGCAACCUGGUUAUCAACUAUAGACAAAUGGGUGCUGAACCGAUGCCACAGAAUUUUCCUGCUUUCCUUGUUUUUUUUCACGGUUAUAUUUGCUUUUCUGGUUGGAAAAAGGGUCACGUGUUGUAAUGAGGCUUGGAUUGUAUCUUUAGCAAAUAAGACAGAGUAUAACUUUAAAUAAAACAUACUUUAUGGACAAAAAAAGCAUGUUUUUAUUUUACAAAAAAAGGGGUAGCUGUUGAUGAAACUGCAUUAUUGAUCCCACAGUAUAUUAUCAGUCUUGUUUUUAUUUGUGGAAAGUUGAUUCUACUCGUAAAAUAUUUACCAUCCCUUAUUACAAUAAAUUGCAAUAUUAUGGUUAUCGUGAUAAAUAUAUUGGGGGUACUAUUAGAUGUUUAGCCCAUGUUUGAUACGGACCCAUUUUCAAAAAUUAAAAUAGUUAAAUGGUUACGUAUUUUGACUGAAGUGUUCUUAAAUUCUUGACCCUUUAAAAGCAUCUGAAGCCCCAAAGUCAAAUUCUUUUGCUCAUUGAAAAAUUAUUUUCUUCUGUUAGCCAUUUUCACGUAACUUUAUAGACACAAGCUUAAGAUGUGCAGAUAAAGCAUUUCACUGCCUUUUCACUUCUUGUAUGCGACAAACAAAAAUGCUGAAUUUGACAACAGCACGCAACACGUUAUAAUGGUGCCACAUACGGUUUUGAUCCAUUGAAAUAAAUAUUUUGACUUUUGGUUCUUGAUUUUUUUUAUGCAAAAACUGCAUGUCCAAACAUAUAUUGAGUUGUACAAAUCUGGUUUAGUUUGUAUCUCAGCAUUUCCUCUAUGCAUGUUUUAUUUUGACCACAUUUCUUCACAGCUAAAAUGAAAUGUAAACUGAUUCAAACAUGACUUGUGACAUGGCUUCUGGUCACUAAAUUGCAAGGUUAACAUUUGUAUGAUUUAUCAUCUACUUAGCUGUGGAAUUUUGCCUUUGGCAAGCAAUCACUCUUUAAAACAAUAUUACCUCACCUGAACCUUCCGGUCCAUAACCACAGAACACGAAACUGGAAUGAGGAGUUCACAGCUGCUAACCUUUGAAAAAAUGUUAUGCGGUUUAUCUUAGGAACAAGACUCUGGUGUUCUUAGCAGUUUUCUUUUUUUAAACUCUGCACAAACUCACAGAAGACAUUACUUUUGUAACGGUUCAUUCGCACCAAUCACAUGUCCUAAUAUACAAACAUUCGAUGUACGCUUCCAUAACAUUAAUUGUUGGUUAACACUAGAUGGGGAAAUGGCAUGUUCUGUCAUGAAUCAUAAUUUAGGCUUUGUGAUUUCCCACUGACACAGAAACACUCAUAUGCACUCAUGCCAAAGGCAAGAUCCCAUCAGGAUUCCCACACCUUUUGAUCAAGGAUAUUCCUUCCCUCAUCCAUUAACCGAGGACUUCUUACAUAACACUGCAGGAAUUAUUACUUGGCAAGUAGACAUUUAUUAGAAAGACUAACAAUUUUAUACACUGGUUCAACUUAGUUACCUGCAUGGCUGCUGUAAAAUUGAGUUAAUUCAACUUAAUGAAAUUGAUGCAAACUCGUGUUGAGUAAUAUUUUUGUGUUGACUAAUAUUUUUAAGUUGCAUUAACUAGGGAACUUUAUUUUUACAUUUUUAAUCAACAAUUUUUUUUGCAGUGCAUUAAUAAAAAAAAUUACCUAC